AUGCAUAUAGAAUUUGUCUUUGUGGAACAUUGCUUGCAGGGCAACGCCGUCUCCCUAAAGGUCGGGGUUGACACUGAGGUUCCUGCCAAAAGCCUUCCGCUAAAACUCCCCAACGGCCUAGCUUUGACCUAUGGAGAGAUUCUUGGGUUAGCCGGCGAUCUUUAUGGAACAGAUGAACCCAUUAGUGACGGUGUCACGGAAAACGAGCGACAACAUCGCUUUCUCAAGGCAUUCGACACGUUGGCAAACGACACAAAGUACGCCCCAGAAGAGGCUACCAAACUCCUUGAAAUUCUUCAUGAUGAAAUCAAUGAAGUCAAUAAGGCUAUACAGGAAGGCAGACAGCCUUCAGAAGUCCACAAUCGACUCAAAGUUUCGAUCGGCCAAAGCCUUGGGAUGGCAACCUUAUUCCGACCAAGUGGGAUACCAUCCUUCCUAGGCCUUGCUCUGAUUAACUUCGAUCACUUUGGUAGAGAUGCUGAGAUAGCGUAUAAUGCUGGUCAUAGUGCUGCUAUCAAGUAUGCAUUGCGUGCGGAUAGUGAUUUGGCAUUGGCGUAUGCUAUGAAUGCGUUUGCAGAUCACUUUUUGCAUGACCACUUUUCUGCUGGCCACCUUCGUGUUCCGCGUCGCAUGCUUCAUGGCGGUAGCUUGAAUUCUGCAGAUGCCUGCUCCAAGUUGAUGCAUGACGAAGACGGUUCCAUUGGACUGAGAGUCAAGAACUUAAAUGGCGACUCUUGGGUUGCCUACGGUGACUCGCUUUUAUUUGAUGACCUCCUCUGUUCGUUCUUUCUUCUGGAGAAGACGGGAAACCGAUAG